CUGUGUGUCGUUUAGCGAAAGUUGGUCCGAGCUGCGUCGUUGUUAUUGUUGUAGAAUUAUUGAUAUUAUCUGGUCACACAGUACGACUUUAUUUAUUCCACCUAAAGAAUGGCGUACAUAGCGGGGUCGGCCGACAAGGUGCCAUCAGCCGUGGUCAAGGCAGCGAAAGAAGAAAAGAAAAAUGUUAUUGGCGACGAUGUACCAAAACAGAUGACGAGAGAAGAUUGGAGGAAAUCUAAGGAAUUAGAAGAGGCGAGAAAAUUGGGAAAUAUUCCAGCUUUGGUUGACGAAGAAGGAAGAGACAUCAACCCACAUAUACCACAAUACAUUGCUGCAGCACCAUGGUAUCUGGGACAUACCCAGCCAACUCUAAAACAUCAAAGGCCCCAAGAGGAAAAAAUUAAACGUUUUAGUCAACUUAAUGAAUGGUAUCAUAGAGGAGUCAAAGCUGGUUCAGUUGCUACCAAAUUUCGGAAGGGGGCGUGUCAGAAUUGUGGUGCCAUGACACAUUCAAAGAAAGACUGCCUAGAGAGGCCGAGAAAAAUCGGUGCCAAAUUUACUGGGGAUGAAAUAGCACCAGAUGAACACUUACAACCUACACUAGCAUUUGAUUAUGAUGGUAAACGGGAUAGGUGGAAUGGUUAUGAUCCGUUAGGUUACCAAGCGGUCAUUGAAGAAUUCGCAAAAGUGGAUGAGGCUAAGAAACUACUAAAAGCCCAACAACUGCAAGAAGAUUUACUAACUGGUAAAUUGUCAGAGAAAGUUGCUAAGGUGGGUGACAGUGAUGACGACGAUGAUGAUGAAGACAAAUAUGCAGAAGGUGCUGAUAUGCCGGGUACUAACUUUGAUACUAAAAGACGUAUUACAGUCAGAAACUUGAGAAUUCGAGAAGAUACCGCAAAGUAUCUACGUAACUUAGAUCCUAAUUCAGCCUACUAUGACCCCAAGACGCGUUCCAUGCGUGAAAAUCCAUAUAAAAACACAGGAAAGCCAGCUGAAGAAUUACCGUAUUCUGGUGAUAACUUUGUGAGAGCAGUUGGUGACACAAACAAAAUGGCACAAGCACAGUUAUUUGCAUGGGAUGCCUUCGAGAGGGGUACUGAUGUUCAUUUACAAGCUGAGCCAACCAAGCUAGAAUUGCUACACAGUGAAUUCAAAGUUAGAAAAGAUGAUUUCACAGAGAACAAGAAACAAAGUAUUCUGGAAACAUAUGGUGGUGAAGAACAUUUAGAAGCUCCUUCCAAUCAACUUCUUUUGGCGCAAACUGAGGACUAUGUUGAGUAUUCCAGACAUGGUACCAUUCUUAAGGGACAGGAAAAAGCAAAAAUCAAAUCAAAAUAUGAAGAAGAUAUUAAUAUUAAUAAUCAUACAAGUGUGUGGGGUUCAUUUUGGAAAGCCGGGAAUUGGGGAUACCAGUGCUGUCACUCUUUUGUUAAACAUUCCUACUGUACUGGUGAAGCUGGUAAGAUGGUAUCUGAUAAUUUAAUAGAUGGUUUAUUGGAAGGUGAAGAACAAGAAGAAGAAAAAGAUUUACCAAAAACUUUACUAGAGGAACACCAGGAAAAAAUGAUAAAGCAAAAGAAAGAUAAGAAAAAGAAAAAAAAGAAGAACAACGAGGAUAGCGAGGAAGAGGCUGAACGAUUAAAGAAAGAAAAACUAAAAAAGGCCCUGGUAGAGGAGGAUAGAAAACAGGAGGAGGCAGACAGAAUUCUUGCAAUGGAUGAGAGAAAGAGGCCGUAUAAUAGUCUCCAGUCUUUCUCAGAUUACAAACAACCAACAGAAGAAGAGAUGGAGGCGUGGCGGAUGAAGAAGCGUAAAACAGAAGAUCCAAUGGCUGAUUUUUUAGGAGGAAGGAAAUAAACUCUUACUUUUAUACUGUAAUUCUUAAACAGUAUGUGACUAUGAGUAUAUGAACGUAAAUCAAGUGUCAACUCAACCGUAAUGUGUACUAAUUGAAUUCCUGGGAAAUGGGUUCCAUGAAGACAUGCCAGACUGCCAUCAAUGUUACGAAAAAAUAACUUGUCGCAACAUACAAAUGAAAACAUCACGUCGACUGAGAUUAUGCCUCAGUGCUGGGCCCAUGUCCUUGUUCAUUGAUGGGUCUUUUUUUUUAAUUUUAAACUGUUAUUUUAAGUUUUUAAACUGUUAUUUAUGUUAUGUGUUAUAGUACGAGAUAGUGAGUGUAAUCCACAAACCAUAUGUAGCAAAUAGAAAAGGGGUAACUGCUGACUAUUCUCUCUGCUCGUAUCAACUUAUGAAGUCUGAAUCUAUCUUCAACUAUCUAUAUAAAUAUCUUCAUUUUGCAAGUACCAGUAGUAUGAUCUCAUAGUUACAAAUUAUGGUACAAUGUAUAUUCAUAUGCAAAUUUGAGAUGUUUAGCUGUAAAGAUUUUAUAUUCACUUGUAAUAUACUGAAUUAAAUAUUCAAACUUGAGGACAUUUACGAGCUUCUGUAUGGAGUAACUCUCUAUCUUGUCUUGCCUGUGACAACUUGGUAAGGAAUUCACACCUUACAAUUCCUGUAUUAGGAAUUUAUACCAUCAUUCAUAUGACUCACCACAGUCCCUCAAGAGGAUAGAGGGACUGUGGACUGACAUAAAAUCUGAAGCUGCAUUCCUAUUAGAAGCUUCACCCAUUCUCUUUGUACAAUUGUGAACCAAAAAUUCAACAAUUUUCAUAUUGUGUAGAUACUCUAAUACAAGCCACAUCCCUUCUGUUGCAUUGUACAUGUACCAUUCUAAUAGAAGCCACAGCUUCUAAUGUACAGAUUUUACAGUAGUUGUAAUGUUCUUCAAGACCAUUCAGAACUGCAUUGUAUCGAUGAUUUAUUCAUGCCUUUGAGGUAACUACGGUAGUUGUAGUAAAUAUCCAAGGCCCGUAGUGCUGAGGUCAUUUACUAGAGCCAAGACCUUGCACAGGUUGUGACUGUUGUUAGCUUCAGAGUUGCCUUACUUUAAGAAAGUAAUACUGUUACGGCAAGUUAUAGGUAUUUUUUCUGCAUUUCAAAGUGUAUAUGUAUAAUGACAUGUAAUGUUAUUAAAUCUCAUUUGACUAAAGACCAAUCAGACACAUAUUGUGAUCAAAUCUCAUUUAAUAAACUACCAAUCAUAGCA